AUGGGCGGAUCAUCGUAUAUUGAGUUACCGGCGUAUAUCGAUAGGAAGCGGGCGACUAUCAACCCACAGAACGUAGACCGGUAUUGUUUCAAGUGGGCGAUUCUCGCGAGGCAUGUGACGAAGCCGCCGGUAUAUCGUGUCGGAGAAAAUUACAGGCAACAUGAAGAUAAAUAUAAUUUUGAUGGCAUCACCUUCCCCACACCUCUAUCGGACAUCGCUAAAUUUGAAAAAAAUAACAUCAACGUGUCAAUAAAUGUAUACGGUCUAGACAAAAAAUUCCAAAUACCAAAAUUGCCGAGGUAUGAGGUCUACCCGCUGCGUGUUGUUGACGAAGAAAAGAAGGACCAUUUCGACCUGUUGAUGGUGACGGAUGGUGACAACAGUCAUUAUGUAUAUAUAUCUAAUUUUUCCCGACUUAUACGAUCGCAGAAAACAGGACAUAAAGAGAGAGUUGUUUUUUGUAAAAGGUGUUUUACCAGUUUCGACAACCGAAAUUUAAAAUACAAGCUGAGCGGACAGGAGGCGUUAGACCAGCAUAAACUGAUUUGCGGGGCACACAAACCCAUUCUACCCGAGAUGCCGAAGGAGGGGGAGUGUAUCGAGUUUAAGGCGUGGAAAAAGACACAGCGACACCCUUUUGUUAUUUACGCGGAUUUCGAAGCAUUGUUGGUGAAGACGGAGGAAAAGAAAGGCGAGAGUACUACAAUUAUACAGAGACACGAAGCCAUGAGUUACGGGUUUUUAGUGAAGGCGAGCGACAACGUACCGGAGGAGUUAUUGGAAGAGUACGAGAUACCGGCGGGGCCGGUAAUCUACAGAGGCAGCGAAGACAGAACGGACGUGGCGAGACAUUUUGUGGAGAUGAUAGUUGAGGUGGCCCAGAAAAUUGAAAAACUGAUGAAGACAAAUUUUCCUAUAAAAAUGAGUGAGGGCGAAGAAAAAACACAUCAAGAGUGUACUACGUGUAAUUUAUGUAAAUGUUGUUUAGCCGGGGGCGAUAAGGUUAGGGAUCACGAUCAUUUGACGGGGAAAUUUAGGCAGACUUUGUGCUCUAGGUGUAACUUAGAGUUACAACAACCUAAAUUUGUCCCCGUCUUUUUCCAUAAUCUAUCAAACUAUGACGCACAUCUUAUUGUAACAGAACUUGGAUAUGAUACUCAGACUAUCAACGUUAUUCCGAACAGCGAAGAGAAAUAUAUAUCUUUCUCGAAAUAUAUAAGUAGUACCUUCACUGUUCGGUUUAUCGACACGUUCCGGUUUAUGGCGUCGAGUCUGUCGUCCCUGGCUGAAAAUUUGGUUACACCCGAACAUGACAACUUCCGUGAGACAGCCAAACAUUUUGUCACCGGAGAUAUGCCGCUCGUGACUCGUAAGGGCGUGUACCCGUACGAGUACACGGAUAGUUGGGAGCGGCUGAAGGAUAUGAGUUUACCGAGGAAGCAAGAUUUUUAUAGUACGUUGACAGAGACCGGGAUCAAGGAUAAUGAGUUUGAGCACGCGAAGGAGGUCUGGGACCACUUCGACUGUAAGACGCUUGGUGACUACAGUGACUUGUAUUUGAAGAUCGAUGUGCUGUUGUUGGCGGAUGUCUUUGAAAACUUCCGCGACGUAUGCAUGAGGGCGUACAACCUGGACGCCGCUCAUUAUUUCACCGCCCCAGGCUUGAGUUUUGACGCGAUGCUUAAGUUUACCGGUCAAAAGCUACAGUUAUUGCAUGAUUACGACAUGUUGCUGAUGUUCGAAAAUGGUUAG